AACCCUAACCUCUCUUUGGUUUCUGAGGUUUUUUUUUUUUUUUUUUGCGGUUUCCGAGAAAUUGGCAGGGAAAAGAAAAUAGAGUUUGGAUCUUGCCUCUUUUGUUGUUUGGGGUGUUUGUAGGUUGAUCUAUGAAAGUGGGAGUUAAGUAGUCUUCAUUUAAGUCUUGUUUCCGUGGAAAUCCAAAUUAUAGUUCACAUAUAUGGUUAUGUAUGUAUAUGUGCACUCGGGAAGACAAUAAGCUUAAUGGUUGAAUUGAAUGGAGGGAGUUGGAGGCGAUAGUGCAGCGGCGUCACCUGUGAAUGUAUUUUGGCAAGAUGUGUGGAGGCGGUACCAGUAUCUUCUGGAUAAGUCGACUCCACACACAGUCUAUAGAUGGAUUGGGACCCUUGUUGUAGUAUUGAUUUACAUUUUACGGGUUUAUUUUGUUCAAGGGUUUUACAUUAUCUCAUAUGGGCUGGGGAUUUAUCUGCUGAAUUUGUUGAUUGGGUUCUUGUCUCCUUUGGUUGAUCCGGAGGUGGACGUGUCAGACGGGCCUAUGCUGCCCACAAAAGGUUCGGAUGAGUUUAAGCCGUUCAUUCGCCGGCUUCCAGAGUUUAAGUUCUGGUACUCCUUCACCAAAGCUUUCUGCAUUGCUUUUGUCAUGACAUUCUUUUCUAUGUUUGAUGUUCCUGUCUUCUGGCCAAUUUUACUUUGUUACUGGAUUGUUCUGUUUGUCCUUACAAUGAGGCGCCAAAUCGCUCACAUGAUCAAAUACAAAUAUAUUCCUUUCAACUUCGGGAAGCAGAGGUAUGGUGGCAAGAAACCUUCUGCAAGUAGCAGCGGCUCCCGUGGAGACUGAAGUUCUUCUAACUUUAUGAUUAGAGCAAAUAUAAUUUUACCAGAUGGCCAAAAACAAAAAAGGCUGUGUGAAGAUCAUGUAGGAUAGUUAGAAUUUUUUUGCUUUAGACACUUAUCAUGUUAUGGAUUGUAAUAUGCAUUCACAAACAUUGAAGUUCAAUUAUCAUGUCUUUUAAUGAUACCAGGGAAACUUCAUUGUUUAUACACGUUAAGAUUCAAUUGUGCCUUUUGACUGCUCUC